AUGGGAAAGCAGAUCCUGCACCUUCUUGGCCAUCGUUGGUUUUAUUCUGCAGAAGUUAGCGGGCUGAUCAACGUCCACGUCGAAAAUUGCGGCAUCGAGCACAUCGAGAAGAAAGAUGUCGGCAUGGUGUUUUUUGUCGAAGUCAAGAAUGAAGGAAAACAACCAAUGGCAUUGAGCGUACGCAUGAUCAGGUGUUGCGAGACAAUUUGUACAGAGGACAUUGAUUGUGAACACAUCCAGCUGAUUGGUGGUGACAUGGGAGUAUUGAAUCCACGAGCAGUGAGAAACCUCACAUUAAUAUGGCCCACGCUCUAUCUUCAUGACCGGACCGGCGAAUGUGACGUUGGCAUCUCGUACACCUGCAAAAAUAACCACACAGGUGAGCUUCAUCAGAAAGUGCACUUCGAUACCAGUGUCUCUAAAAGACACGUUCCAGCGGUUCUUGAAGGAUAUUAUAGUCCACAUUCGGUGAAGACAUGUUCGACCGUUGAUUUGGACUCUUUGGAUUCGUGUCGGCCCGUCAACUGUCAUAUAAAGUAUAACGGGAAGAGAAAUUUCUUUAACCGGAAGUCAAUGAGAUGUCAACCAGUUCCUAUUUGCAUCGCCGAUUCGAGCAAAGAAUUACCAGACGUCGCUUACGUGCCUGCGAGUAAUACUUGUCGAGAUUUAGAAAACGCUGUAGACGAAGUUGAAGUUCGAGCUUUGAGUCGUGGAAAUGCGGAGCCAGCUUGGAGCUCGGAAACGGCGCCACAUAUUGCCAACAUGCACUGCCACCAUGGCUACGCGGAUAACGUAACAGGAUUUUGCCUUUGCGACGAAGGAUGGACGUCACUCCCUUUAGGAAAUAUAGAACCAAGUACGGAGUUUAUUAACAUGUGUAACAUACAGACAAUCCGGUUUCCACGACUUCGACAGCAACCGAUCAGACUCCUCCUCGUAAUUAUCGCCGGACUCAUGGGACUCCUUGUAGUACUGUUUUGCUGCGCAAUGGCGCUCGUGAUGCACGAGUUGAUGCCCCCAGGAGCAACAACCGAGUGCGCCCAACAGACGGGAGGAUUGUCAUAUUUCGACAGCUCGACGAAAACCUUUACAUCCCAUUGUUCGAGCGGAUCGCGACGUUUCACGGGCAACCGGAGUUCCUCGAUCUGCUGCCCCGGGCGUCGCUAA